AUGAAGACCCCCGCAAAUCUUACACCGUACACCUACGAAAAUGAUAUAUAUGCAGCAGGCUUGAAUGACCAAAAGCCACAGAUCUCCUUCGAUCCUACAAAAUGGGAAUCCCACGCAAAAGAUCGCCUCCCAGCCGAUAGCUUCGGCUACGUCUGGGGUUCAGCUGGCACCCGCCAGACAGACGAUAACAACAAAGAAGCAUUCAAAAGAUGGGGUAUACUGCCCUCCCGCUUGGUGGAAAGCGAUUUCCCCAGCUUGAAGACAACCUUAUUUGGCGAUGAAUACAACUACCCCAUUGCUAUUGCACCUGUCGGAGUGCAAAAGAUCUUUCACCCUGACGGUGAGAUCGCUACCGCAAAGGCGGCUGAUACGGAAGAUGUGACUUAUAUCAUGAGCACGGCGGCAUCGACGAGCAUUGAGAAUGUAGCGAAUGCUAAUGGUCCUGGGUCGCGUUGGUAUCAGCUCUAUUGGCCUUCGAAUGAUCACAUGGACAUCACUGCGAGUUUGUUAAAGAGAGCCAAAGAUUCUGGAUAUAAGGUUCUUGUUGUGACGCUUGAUACUUAUAUCCUUGGGUGGCGACCCAGCGAUCUUGACAACGCAUACAAUCCUUUCCUUCGCGCGGACAAUAUUGGGGUUGAGCUUGGCUUCUCAGAUCCUGUAUUCCAAGCAUACUUCAAAAACAAACACGGGGUCUCAAUCGAGGAGGAUGUCUCCAAGGCGGCAGCAGAAUGGGCGCAUAUCAUAUUUCCGGGCACCAGCCAUGGAUGGAAAGAUAUUGAAUAUUUACGCAGUCACUGGGACGGUCCAAUCGUGUUGAAGGGUAUCCAGACUGUUUCCGAUGCGAAGAAGGCGCGUGAAUAUGGUGUUCAGGGAAUCGUGGUUUCCAACCAUGGAGGCCGUCAGCAAGACGGAGGUGUCGGUUCACUGGACAUGUUGCCCGAGAUUGCGAACGCGGUUGGAGAAGAUCUUGAGAUUCUGUUCGACUCUGGUGUGAGAUGCGGUGCAGAUAUUGUUAAGGCCUUGGCUCUGGGGGCGAAGAUGGUUUUGAUUGGUCGACCAUAUGUGUAUGGAUUGGCGAUCGGUGGUGAACUUGGGGUCCAACAUGUGCUCAAGAGCAUUUUAGGAGACCUGCAAUUAACAUUGCAUUUGUCGGGGAUCAAAGAUGUGACAAAGGACAACCUGAACCCGUCAGUACUGCGACAGAUUAGAAAUUAG